CUGCUCCUGCUACGAAUCCAGUCGACAGAUUUAUAAUAAUAACUUCAAAUGCGAAUAUUAAUUCCCAGUUACUUGUCAUUUAAUAAAUAAAAUAAUUACGAAGCAUAGCAAUUAUUAGCUAUUUAGCUGUUGACGUUGGACAGAUUAACCAAAUUUUUGUUGAAAGAAACCUACAUGAAAGACGCACUUCGAUGAAUCCACGACUUAUCUAAUCCUGCAUACUAUUUUAGUAAAUAUUAUUUACUGCGGUAUUAGUUUCGACUGACUUGACUUUGAAUCCGACGAAUUUAUCAUGACAGAAACAAGUCAGGAAGUGCGGCUGCUGUUCUUUGGCACAUUUUUUCAUGAAAACACAGAACUUACUGCCGACUUGAUUCAACUGAAGCAACCAGUUAAAGUGACGGAGAUUCGUGUAAUUCCCCUUGGUGCAACGGUGGACUUAUCCACGGGGGCAUUUCAACUCGGAGCCACAAAUCCAUCCGAAUUUGAAGUUGACUUUUACUAUAAUGAUCUUCAAGUUCCUUCAAAAACUACGUUCGAACUUUUGCAACGCUUCGACUUUAAUGACAAAGCCCAUAUUCAGCUGAUUUGUGAUCCAUCGGACGACAUAAUUACGGACGGAUUACUCGUGCGAGGUAUAUACUCUACAGUCACCCUUGCCGUUUAUGGACACUCGGUGGACAAGGUGCACAUUCGGGAAGUGGAAGUACCCAAGAAAGAGACUGUUCUGUCUCCCAAGUCGUGUAUUUCAAACAGUUCUCCCCCCUCACCCGUUACUGAAUCUUUGGAACAAGUCAGGAUAGAAUGUAAUGAAGAAACUCCCACGGUCGACGUGAUGCCUGUUGCUCCGAUCCCCAUAGAAGCUGAGUCGCCACCCAUUGCUUCUCAUGCAAUUCCUACAAUAACCACUCGGGUGAACUAUGACGCUGUUCAAACGGCGUCUGCAGAAGAAGAAUGUGGAAGAGUGGAGGAGGCGGAUGAGCAGGAAGAAUUGAUUCCGGAAAGCGAAGCAAUUUCAGAGAACAAUAAUAACGAGUCUGACAUGUCGGAUACGGAGGUCACAGAGACGAAUAAGAGUGUAGACUUGAUUCCAGAAGCAAUGGAUACUGAGGAAAUAUCAGAUGGGGAGGUCUUCCCAUCAGACAAUGACCAGGAGGAAGUGGAAGAGGCGGACGAAGACGAAGAGGUUUGCCAAUCAGACAGCCAAGAGGUUGCACAGAAAACUGUUUACAUUGACCCUCUAAUUGAGGAAGUGGAACCAAUUUCAUCGCCUCAGGAGCCGACGAGUGAUAUGGAGGACUCAUUUAUGGAUGAAUCUUCGGAGCCUGGCUUUGAGGAGAUCAUCUCCGACGAAGAGAUUGAUUUCCCAGAGUACGACUACCGAGAGUGGGAGGAGAACUGGGCACAUAAAUUCAGUCGACCUUUUAACCCAUUCUCAGACUCAUUUGAAGUAUUACCUCUCAAGAACACCUUUUUAAGUGUUGGGUUACCGGUGGAGAAAACACUGGAGGAAUGUUUGGCCUUGUUGUUAAAAAAAUGUCGAACGUGGUCACAAGAUCAGUACAACUCAAGUUUGUCAGAACGUUGGGUGGAAGAUAUGGAAAAGCUGUUGCCAUUCAUCCCAUCGGCCUUCUCAUUUAUUUCUUUACAUCAUGGACAUCAGGCUAGGUCUCCUAGUCAAAAUGAUUUAGAAUCUACACUCAUGUUUUGGGUCGAUAUUGGGACCAACAUAAAACUAGCCAUGGAGCAGCCAUCACUCGCAUUCAAAAUUCGACACUUGAAGGUGGGUAUCAAAUUAGUGGAAUGCGUGGCCAACAUCGAGGGCGAACUGUCCAAUGUCCUUGUCUCCACUAAACUCUCGCAUUCGCCAGUCAUACAAGACCUCAAUCAAGAUGAUGAGGACGAGCAAGGCCGUAUUCCAGCAGCCCAACGCCAGGACACGUCUGUCCAGCAUCACUUGUUGGACUUGCUAAUGACUCCUCAUAUGAGCAACUCGUGUAAAUUACUCAUUCUUCGAUCCUUGGAUUCCACAAUUUCCUGCAAAUGUGGAUUUGAUGCUUUCACGUCCAUUACAACUUCGACUUCAUGUUAUCAACGCCUCAUCGAAUACUCGCUGGAUUCGUCAUUCUCAACCAGAAUGUCCUUUUCGUUGAGAUCCCUUUUAAAUAAGCUCCGGCUAAUGGAGGGGCUCGGAAAUUUGCAAACGUUCGUGAGUUUGCUGGCCAGCAACUCCUACUCUUCUGGCACUGACUCGGAAAGUCGGCAACAGCCAGAUGAAUUAGACGUCUUGCAAGACUUGCGCGCCACGGCGACUCACAUCACUGAAUACUUUUCACUCCCCAGCAAAGUGCUUCCUGCCAAAGCGGUUGUUGACCUUGCCGCAAUGAGCUCAUCAGGACAUGACCCCAAAGUAUCAUUCGUCCGAAUGCUGAAAGAAAUGCGAUUUCUACAAAUGGCGACAGUUCUCAUCAACGCAAAGGAAGAAGAAGUGACAUCAAACGCAAUCCACCCUAUCACUGAACUCCUCACCAUUCUGCUUGGCUGGGAGGUUGGACUUGUUUAUCUUUCCAACGAAGCCUCCUUUACAACAAUCCUCGUGAAAAGCUUACUUCAGUUGGAUGAUGACGCAGCAAGCACAGGAUGUUUGAUUGCACACUGCAUGGAGGUGAUGCAAUGUGUCGAUACCUUGUCGACAUCUUCCAACAGUGGUGUAUUCACGGAGAGUAGAGACUUGCAACAUUUGCAGACUGCCGUGUCAUUUUUGACGACAUCCGUUGGACGUGACGCAAUUAUCAAGACUUUGUCCCAGGGGAAUUUUAUUUUACCUUUACUAAACUCUGUCUGGCCGCCAGAAUCGGAAUCUGAGCCUGAUGAAGACCAACAACAACAACAGCAACGGCUCAGCUCAGAAUUAGAAGUUCGUCGUGGUUAUGCUAUUGAAAUAGUCGAUUUCUUCUUGAGAUCGAAUGAUUCUGUUGAAUUCCUAAGAAAGCAUGGUCCGAAAAUCCUGCGGUUUAUGAAUAUAUCGAAUGAAAUUGGUGGCGAAGGAAAAAAGUUGUCAAAGAAUCUUCCAUUUUUAAAACCAAUUCUAAACCCUGUCGUAUUCACGCUGGACGGACUAGAUGCUUUGUGCGAAAUAGUAAAAAGUUACAAGACAAAUCUUUUACAGUCCCGAAAUGCUGGCUGUAAUUGGGGAUUUCCUGGAGACAUCACGACGUGCUUCCGGAUCAUGUUACAUUUGGUAAAUGGGAACGAUGACAAUGACCUAACUCGAGCAUUGGUAUUUCAAACGGAUGAACUUCGGAUUCGAGUAUUGAAACAUGACUUGGCAAUUGCGAAAAUUCACUGCAAUGAUUUAUUGCCUGCAAUAAUUGGGAUUCUUCAAAAGAUUGCGGACGAAUUUAGACAGCCCGUGAUCAACUCGCACGUCUUUGUCAGCUCAAUUGGUGAUGCUCUGCUCGGAUUGUUGCUACCGGUUGUAAAAGUUCUCAGAAAGUGUAUCACACAAGUUGUGCAAGUUCGAAAAACAGAGUAUCGUGACACGACUGCAGUCUCGGUCCUUUUGCAGAUAAAUCGACUCAUGAGUUUUUUCCCUGCAACUGCCAUUGGCUAUGCAAAAUCACAAGAGGUUGCGAGCGAUGUUGUUGGAAUUCUUCUUGCCUUUACCAUCCCAGCCGUGAAACUAGGGCCAGAAACUGAGGACGAACUCAACAAAAGCACGUGGACAGCUGUGGUUUCAGAGAUAAUAAAAUUCACAUUGGAGGAACCUUCCAAUUUCCAAGCUGGGUUGACCUUGUUCAGUGAAUUGUUACCUUUGCCACUGCCUAUUGCUUCAAAGACUGAUUUGACUGAUGAGACUUGCGAGGAGGCAAUCCGGCUGAGACGACUUUGGAGUGCUUAUAUUCAUGGACUGUCCUCGCAAAUGCACGAAAUGAUUGGAAUUCUCUGCACAUCUACUAAUCCCCGAUUGCUCCACCUAUUGAAACGUGUGUGCAUUCAAUUGGCGGAUCUCUCUGUUUCGACCUGUCUGGUGGUGUGUCGUGCCAUUCUCGACACCUACCUAACCUCAUUGGACGCCGAGUCUGAUACACAGCCGCCUUCAGAGUCACAACCAACUGUUACCCAAUCCUCAUCCUUUAUCAAAGCUUGGGUGGACACGGCAAAAACAGCGGAUGAGAGACAGUAUUCGUCACACACAGCCAGAGUGCUGGGGUUCUUGGCCUCCUUGAUGAACAACUGUCCGGUUAUAAAAUGUGGAGUGAUGCACGUUUUGAAAGGGACGGUCAAGAUGGAUGAGAAAUAUUGCGACGUUCUCAGCUUCAUGUGCUCGAUCCUCUUGGCUUGUCCGCCCACUGGCCUGUCCAGCUCUCACAUACAGGCUCAAGACAACGUGGUUACCAUUUUCCAAUCGUUAUGUGACGUUGAAAUCAAUAUGCUGGUUCCCAUGUUUGGGAAGCGGAGUAAAGCGUUUGAACCCGAGUUUGUCCUCGCAUGUUCCUUGCCUCUGAAGGAACACUUGUUCUCAAUGACUUCGGCCCUUGUCUCCUAUUUGGCCUCCGAAUCUAAGUCCCCAACGAUGCAAGUUUUAGAAGGGGCACUGAGAACCCUGGAAAUAAUUGCGGAAACUGAUUAUGGAUUCAGUGUCAUCUCAAUGAAUUUCGCCAAGCAUCACGCCAUUCUGGAGAAGGUCGCCCUGUCUGUCUUGCCUUUUAUCAACAACUUUGAGAGUUUUGAGUCGUCUCUUCCUUGCAUAAUGUCCUAUUUGGACUUUAUCAAAUCGAUCACCACGUCAAGGACCCAGCAAAUUGGGAGCUUUCCUCUUCGCCGAAGUAAGACUGCCAAAAAGGAUCUCCAGGCCCUUUUUAACUGGACAUUAGAGUCUUCCGACACCGCGUCCUCUGACCCCCCCAAUGAUGCCAAGUCCGACGAUGCGAUCGUCAAUGAUGACAAAGAAAGGGAAAAGCCCAUGGACGAAGGUGUUGCUGCGGCGAUGAGGAGUCCGGGCGGAAACCAUUCCUUGUACCAGUUGAAAAAAAUGUUUGAGGAACAGUUACGAUUAUUUAGAGAGAGUCAGCAAAACUCGAGCAGUUUGGAAUCUGCGGACUUGGAGUCUGCACUGCAAAUUAUAGAUCAAUUGAUUUCUCAGCUGACUGAAAACUCAUCACCAUCAAUGCCACCCAGUGAGGAGACAGCAUGUGACUACAAUUUACAGUGUCCCGAGGGGUUGUCCGAGUUAUUUAAUAUCAGACCAGUGUAUGUCUUGGUUGACAGACUUGGUGGUUGUAACAAUGACAACCUUCCUAUCUUCUGGCUGACAUCUGUUCCCCCGGCUUUUGAGGUGGAUUGUGACAACGAAGAAGCAGAUCUGAUGGCUUGUGAUUUGGAAGAAGUUUCAAAAUCCCACCUCAAUGGAUUCGAUAUAUCACGAGAAAUACAAAACAUUGCCAAAUCAUCGGAUCUGCAAUCGUCAGAGUCAGCCUCUGCCGUAGUAAAAAAUGGAAGCCCACACCAAGGCUUCAGAGGAGGCAACCACCAUGGCCGAAGACCAACCCACAUGCACGCUUUAAAUUUACUACAUCGACGAUCAAACUUUUCCAACUCGAUGCGAGGUGGUCGGGGAAUGUUUUCUCGCGGAAUGAUGUCGUCCGGGGGAAGAAAUUACGACCCAUUUCGAUCCCGUCCACCAAACACCUCGAGACCACCAUCCCUGCAUGUCGACGACUUUGUGGCCAUGGAGGGCGGCUCCAAUUCGAUUAGUGGAGGAGAUUCAUACAACUCUCGAGGUCGUGGAGGAAACCGCGGUGGUGGAAGCGUGGGAGGAGGAGGAAUGAUGAACACUUUUGGGCAAGACAGGAGACGAAAUGUGGCGAAUGUUGGGAGGUCAGGUGUAACACAGGGUGGAAAUUUCUUUCACGGCAGUAAUAAUAAAAGACAUGAAUCUUCCACACCAUCUGCGAGGGUUGUGCGAGGUGGACGGAUAUUUUCCACCCCGAAUAGUGACAGAUGGACGGCAGAUUCCCGCAACUCCUCCUCUUCCUCAUCAUCAUUACCUCAGCAAAGUUAUGAUAGGAGUGGUGUUGGUGGCAACAUUCGGUCGAUCAAUUACGAUGAUAAAUAUCGCUCUUCCCCCGUUGGCGUUGGAUCGAGGACGAGCAGCAGCAUUUCCUCUCCUCGUUCUCAGCCAUACCCACAGCAGCAGCAACAGCAGCGUUCUUCCUCCACUAGCGGUACCGGUGGUGGUGGUUACCGAGAACAAGGGAGGCAAAAUAAUUCAGGUGGCUCCUCUGCACAAAAUUACUCUCCUCGAUGGAGAGAUAGGACAAGCUCAAAGACCUUCAAUAACAACAACCGAUGACGAGAUGUGAUGUAUCUCAAAGUUUAUUUUCUUUUAACUGUAUUCUUUUUAAUGUGUCGUCGAUUGUUUGUACCAUUAUAAGUACCAUAUUAUUAUACGACGUUUUAUUGCCAAUUAAACCAAGUUGUUAUCAUGA